AUGGAACCAAAUCCGCCAGUUAUUCAUCAUGACUCGCCUAAUAUUGGUGCCUUUUGGAUGAGAAAAGUGUCGUUUGCCAAAGUUAAACUAACCAACUACAAAGAUUCAAAUGAAGGCUCGAUUGUUUUACAUUCCAUGCAUAAAUACAUGGCAAAGAUAAUAAUAGAACCAGCUGGUGCCGAUGGCAAAGGUUUAGGCGAUAGGAUAGUUAUACCUUUUGAUGAAACUGAAUUUUUUGCGGUAACAGCCUACCAAAAUGAGACGAUUAUACAACUUAAGAUUCACAAUAAUCCAUUUGCAAAAGCAUUCAGGUAUCCUCGAAUAUCGUAA